GCAGGAGUUCCAAACAAGAAACCAGAAACUGCUCAAUAUACUUACGAAGAACUUCUGAUUUUGUUGUUUUAGCGUAGGUCGUUAGCGAAAAUAUGUCGUAUUUAGAUAUAGCUAGAUAACUCUGCUACUUGUUUAUUCAUAUUUCGCUUACGGAUAUGGGCUGUGAUCUUUUCCCACAUGUUAGCAAGCUAACGAUAGCUAGCUAGCUAGCUACAAUCUAACUUGCCAGCAAAUAAGCAGGCACUAUAGCGAGCUAAUAAUUAACCAUGUCUAGCUCUUUAACGGCAGAGCAGCAGCAGAAGAUAGAGGAGAACAAACGGAGAGCUUUAGCGAUUAGAGCACAGAGACAGGCUGCUCAGUCUAACAACCAGACGCCCAUAUCAGGGCUCAACAACCCUGCCAGUGCUCCUCAGCAAGGCAUUAACACUCACUCUGGUCCACCUUCUAACUCAACUCCCCGACCAGGACUAACUCAUCAUCCACCUAAUACUGUGCUUCAGAAUUAUGUUCCACGGGGUCAAGACAGGAGACCUAACCAGUUGUUUUCUAGCCCAAGGGACAAGUCUGGACAGAAUUCACCAUUCUCCAAUACUGCCACUAAACAGAUUAAAGUAAUAGACCCACUACCUCUCCCAAAGGGACAACAUUCAUUGAAAGGGUUAGAUGUGUCUACAGGAGGAAGCCCCUCAGUGUUCAAACCACUUCAGCCAAAGACAACAGGUUGCCCAUCAUCUUCUGUUUCUGGAAGUUCCACUGGUACUGGUAGUUCAUAUGGAGCCAAGUCAUCAUCAUCAUCAUCAUCAUCAUCAUCAUCAGGCCAGAACGUCUCCUCUGUGUUCAAACCUCCACAGCUGAAUAAAGCAGUGUUACCUGGUCCGUAUCCUACUUCUACAAGUGCAACUGGCAGUUUCUCUGUUUCUAAACCUCAUCCAAAGACCUCUUCUUCUGGGCUGUCUUCCCAUUCUGGAAGUGCCAUUGGUAGUUUCUAUAAACAAGGAACCAAACAUGGAGCCACAUCACCAUCUGUCCAGAGUGCUGUUCCCUCCAGCGGUACUGAUGUUAGUAACUCUCUACCUGGGAAGGGCCCUACCGUCACAGUCAGAGGGAAAUGUGUCUCUCACUCAGAGGAGCGGUUCAGAGUGGAAGUCGGUUACCACGCUGAGCUGAUUGCUGUGUUCAAAAACAUCCCUUCUCGGAACUAUGACCCUGCUACCAAGAUGUGGAACUUCAGCCUUCAGGACUAUCGUCAGCUGAUGGAGGAGUCUGGCUCCAUCUCCUGUAUAUGUCUGAAACCUCUGGUGGGAGGUAUUGACGUGGCGCCGGCGUCUAGCCGGUCCUGUGACACUGCUGCGCUUGGGGCCCUGCUGAAGCUGUGUAGUGGCUGGCAGAGACCAGGGGCCACCGUACAGGGCCACGCCACCCUGGUGUCACGAUCACGCUUCGAGGUUGACGUUGGGUACCAUGUUGACGUCAUCGCUGCUUUCAAACAGAUGCCUUCCAAGAACUAUGAUAUGAAGACAAGAAAGUGGAGUUUCUUGCUUGAGGAUUAUAAAAGACUUAUGGAUGGUCUCGGUGCCAUUCCAUCAGUAGAGAUUGAGCCUCUCCCUAGAGGUGUGAUCCAGGUGUUCUCUGCCCUGUUUGAAGGCAGCCAGACAUGGCCAUCAGAGGUUCCUGAAGCUGACCUGUCCUCCAUUGACCCCUCGUUGACAGGUCGUCUCAUGCCCUUCCAGAGAGACGGUGUCAACUUUGCGGUGUCCAAAGAUGGCCGCCUCCUCCUGGCUGAUGACAUGGGACUGGGGAAGACAGUUCAGGCCAUUUGCAUAGCUGCCUACUACAGGAAAGAGUGGCCUUUAUUAGUGGUGGCCCCUUCUUCUGUCAGAUUCACCUGGGCUGAGGUACAAUCACAUCUAUUAUUAGCUGUAGCUACGUGUGAUCUCCUCCUCCUGCCAUGUCCAGACCCUCAGAGCUCUACAGGCAGUGGCUGCCCCUCCCUGUUCCCCCACUUCCUGACUUUGGGACCAGGUAUCAAUGUGAUUCUGCCGUGGGGUUGGGACUACUCUGGCUCCAGUAACCUAGGAGAACUGAAGCUGAUGUUAGAGGAGAGUCUAAUGCUACGCCGUCUCAAGUCAGAGGUCCUCUCUCAGCUUCCUGCCAAGCAACGCAAGGUUGUCACGGUGACCACAGACGGUAUCAACACCCGCAUCAAGGCAGCUCUGUCUGCCGCAGCCAAGGAUCUGGCCAAGGGACAACACAACAACAACAAGAUGAAGCAGUCUCUUCUGGUGUUCUUUAACCACACUGCUGAGGCCAAGAUUAAAGCCAUCAUGGAGUACAUCAUGGACAUGCUAGAGUGCGGAAGAGAGAAGUUCCUGGUGUUUGCUCAUCACAAGCUGGUCCUGGACUUUAUCACCAAGGAGUUGGGAGAGAAGGGUAUCGACUACAUCCGUAUAGACGGCUCCACGCCGUCGUUAGAGCGGCAGCAACUGUGCGACCGGUUCCAGUUCACUGACAAGAGCUGUGUAGCGGUGCUCUCUAUCACUGCAGCUAACAUGGGCAUCACCCUGCACUCCGCUGCUUUGGUGGUGUUUGCUGAGCUAUUCUGGAACCCUGGGAUAAUGAUCCAGGCUGAGGACAGAGUGCACCGUAUCGGUCAGACCAGCAACGUGGACAUUCACUAUCUGGUCGCCAAGGGAACCGCAGAUGACUACCUGUGGCCCAUGAUCCAGGAGAAGAUGCAUGUUCUGGAGCAGGUGGGCCUAUCAGAAUCCAACCUGUCAGAGAAGGCGGAGUCUGCCAGCUUCCACUCCAAGGACUCCCAGCAGAGGAGGAUCACAGAGAUGUUCCAGAGGUCGUUCACUGAGGGGGAGGAUGAUAUGGAUGAAGCCCUCCUAUUGGAGGCUGUGGGGGCCUGGGAUGACCCUAGCAACCAAACAGGAUGUGAUGUAGAAGAGAGCCCCAGCAAAAAGAGACGCAUAGAGGACUACUUUGGCAGAUAAUUGCUGGAGGAAAUCAAGUGAUGUCCCAUAUAUACCUAUGGUAUAUGCUGGAGGAAAUCAAGUGAUGUCCCAUAUAUACCUAUGGUAUAUGCUGGAGGAAAUCAAGUGAUGUCCCAUAUAUACCUAUGGUAUAUGCUGGAGGAAAUCAAGUGAUGUCCCAUAUAUACCUAUGGUAUAUGCUGGAGGAAAU